AAAUAGCGCCAAAACGUACCGCUACAUUUUCAAAGUUUCAGAGAGAGAUUUUGAGUUGGUCGAGCUCGCUUUCAAGUCCAUCCGAACCUCCUGAUGUAGGGAACUGGUUUUCUAGCUACAAGUAUGAAUCUUUUGUGCUGGAUACUUAUGAUGAUGCUCUCAAAGGUUGCGCCUUCAAAGAAUGUAAUGGCAAUGAAGACGGCGAAAAUGAGGGCUUUGGCCCUAACACGAGAAACAGUGAAGAAGAAGGAAAUUUGGGUGAAUUCGGAAAAAUUAAUGGCGGUAGUAGUGAACAUAAGCUAGAAGAUUUAAGCAAGAUGCCAGAUUCUGCUCAUUCUCUACCGGUCCUUUCUGAAGAGCCUCCUCAUGCCAGAAACUGGUUUUCAAGCUAUGUUUAUGAAUCUCCUUUACUGGAUACACUUGGCGAUCUUAAAGGAUCAGUUGCUGGAGAAAGUGAAUAUAAGAAAGAAGGUUUUGCUUCUGAGGAAAGCGAACUAGUAAAGGAAGGGAAUCUCGAGGAGUCUAGGAAUUCUUGGAGCAGCAAUGAACUAGUAGAUUUUGGUGAUGGUAAUAUGUGCACAAAUGUGUUUGCCAAUCCGAUUGAAAACCCGUCUCUGAACAAGCCUUUAAGUGAGAUACCUGACUCUUCAAAUUCAUUUUCGAAUCUGUCUGAGCCACCAGACAUUAAAAACUGGUUCUUUAGCUAUGCAUAUGAGUCUCCGGAGAGCAAUGUAUUUGCUGAUAAAGAAUCUGAAAGUGAAGAAGAUGAUUCUGCUAAUCAACAGGACAACAAAGCCAAAUGCAAAUCUGGACAAACCGGAACUUCAGAUGAAAUAGCUUUUGAUGAGACAUUAAAAUCAAAUGGAAGUUUGAAGUUUAACAGGUCUUUACGAGAUGAGGAGGAAAACAAUUCCAUGGAUGAGGGCAAUAAGGCUCCUCCAGCUAGAAUAUCUACACCAAAGUCGAUUACUUGGAAUUUAAAAAGUACUUCUCCGACAGAAGAUGUUUUACCGCCAGUUUCCGAAGAAUCAGUGAGAAAAUCACACUGUGGAAGCAAUGGCAAGGAGAAUCAGGGAAUAGAAGUUGCAGGAAAUGGUUUUGUGACGACAAAGAAGAAUCGAGGGAGAGAAAAUGAUGAGAAUUCUAUGCCAAAGCCACAUAAGAUUCUAUCAGAAUGUUCAACAAAGAACACGAAAAAAGCAUCGGAUGGAAAGGAUGCCAUGAAACGAAAGGUUUUGUCGGAACGAACGAAUUUUGAAGCCGAAUGCAAUGAUGUGACAGGGAAAUGGAAAUGUCCUCAGAAGAGUAAACCAAAUACUGGACCUCCUUUGAAGCAGCUUCGACUUGAAAGAUGGGUUCAUAGGCUGUAAAAGCUUCAGUAGAAACAAAAAUUAGUAAAAUUGUUUCAAUGUACUGUAUUUUGAACUUCAUAAACAAAUAUUUGUUCUAAA